AUGCCUGAGUCACUCACAAGUCUGUCCAUCAGGGCAGAUCUCCACGACGUCAACCAUGACGAUGACUUCAAUACCCACCCACUUGCCGCAUUCAUCUGUGGGGUUCGUGCCGCUGGGCCACCGGGUAGAGAUUCGGUGCUUUCCGUCACGGGGACUGUGCUGGUAGAGACCGUACUUUUCGAAACGGUCUCGCUGGUCACUAUCGAAAAAGAACCCGGCUGCGUCGGGUUCCAUGAAUCCAUGCUGUCCGAAAGCGAUGAAGUCUGCAUCGAAGAGGUGCUCAAGCUGGCUGGGGUUGAUAGGACACCCGAGCCCCCUAGGCUCGUAGCAGCCCAGGAAAGCAGAGAGCUUGCAGGUAGCCCUGUUGAGCCUGGAGCCAGGGGACUGCUCGGUGGAGGAGCGCCGUAUGUGGGAAAUAUCACAGAAGGUAGUCCUGCUGGUGUCGACGUUGACAAGCUGGCCCCGCCGGUGUCCGGAGACACGAUGGAGGAUUCAGUCGCGGGUAGCGAUGACGUUCCUAUAGGGCUGAUCGAGCCUCCUCCAACGGAUAUACUAGUGCUCGGGCGCGAGGUGUCACUUAGAGCCAGGCUUGACGUUUCCGCCGAGGUGCUUGUGAUUCCUCCAGUUGUACUCGCAGGGCUGGAGACCGAUGAAACUGUCGUGCUGCUCUUGACCUCGGUGCUGUCUGAAUUCAACACGUCCGAAGAGCUGACUACUUGA